AUGAAUUUUAUACAGUGUUUUGAAUGCACUUGCUAUGUUAAUUACAUUGAAAAUUUUAGAGAACUUAAAGAAAAAGUAUACAAAUCAGAUUGUUUAGUUAAAAAUGAAACACAAGAAUUUAUAAAAGAGAUAAAAAGAUCUUUUAAAAGUGAAUUAAAGAAUUUUAUAUCACAAAUUCCAAAUUUUGCAACUGAUUGUUAUAAUAGACUUUUAGAUGAUAUAGAAAACCCGUUAGUAAAAGAAUUUAUACUUAUUCAUCAAAUUAAAGAAAAAGAUCUUAUACAAGACGCUUUAAAAAAUUUCACAAAAACUUUUAUCCAUUUAACAAAUGUUAGUUUUGGCAAUAACUUAGAUGACAUCUACAGUGGAGUUUUUUUCGAUCAUUUUAUAGGAACUUUUAUAAUUUGA